CACCGGUGUUUGGUUCACGACCUGUCGUCGAUGAUAGCAAAUCCCUCUUGGCGAGUUUCUUGCUCGGCUCCAGCAACUCCUCCAGGGAUACGAAUUCUCCCUCACUUACGGGGUGAGACUUCGGGAAGGACACGCUCGUUCUCCCCCUUCCUCCUCAUCGGACAGCAACACUCCAGGGAUUGUGAUUGUCAGAGGUCCGUCGCCACCAUUGAUUUCAAUUCCAAGUCGUGGGCCACACAUCGGAGGCCAACGUCGUGUCGCCCAAACUCUCGGACGUUUAGGUGGAUAGGUGCGGGGUCUCACCAUCAGCUACGCAUUGUCCUUCACCCCACUGACGUCGGAGUCGACGCCGACUCUAACCCUGGUCACCUUCGUCGAGUUCUCGGGUUCUCUCUUGCAUCCAUGGGUCCCCUUUCUCCCUCAUUUCCCUUUUGCUUGUGCUGGUUCCAUGGUGGUCUUGCUUGACUUGUUGUACUCGCCACCUGAACCGGUUCUCGUCCCUUGCUUGAACGUCGUUCAACCCCCCGCUACGUCGGCGUCGAAACACUGGAGUUCAAGGAGAAGGACGGAAUUCGAGGGUGUUGGUUGGGUCGAUCGGGGAGAGGAUGAGUUCGGCGGCUGACGUCUAUGUUCCUUCCAUCGCCGCUGUUGACACUCCUGGGACGCGAUCAGACGAGGUGGGGACAACGGAACGACAAUGCGGAUGCGGCGCGGGAAGGUGUUGGCGUGCGACUGUGCGAGGCAGAAAUUGAGGUUGGCUCUUGCCUCUGUUCGAGGCUAUCCUGGUCGUCGCUGCUGGUUCAGGUCGCGGAGGAGUACUCUUUCUUGCCUCCGCUCCCGCCGGUUGCGGCGACUGCUUUCUUUUGGAGUUUUGGCUUUAGGUUUUAGCUCUUUCUUCCUUCUUUAAUUUUAGUUAAAUAUAUAGAUUAGAAAAGGAACCGAGAGAGGAGAAUUGAGUAGGGUUAGGGUAAAUGAAUUGGGAGGGCAAUUUGGAGAUUUUUUACUUAGUUGGGUGCCGGGUGUUACAAAUUUGUUGAAAUCAUUUCUUUUAAUCUAGGUAAAAUAAUUUCACUAGCUUCGCAUCCAAGCCGCUGAGCAUAAAACUUUCUUAAUCAUUCAGCUAAAGUAGGUUGCCUAUCUUUUGCACAGGAUUUCAACUAGGGUUGCAAACGAGUCAAUCCGCUCACGAGCAACUCGGUAUUCGAAUAAAAAAAAUUUGUUUGGUACUUGACUCGUUGUUUAACAAGUCAAUUCACAAGGUGAUUUGUUAGUAAACGAGCUAAGUUUAAGCUAGUCCAUGCUCAGCUUGAUAAACUCAUGAUCCAACUUGACUUGGUGGCUUGUUAAGCUAGUUUCUAAUGUUCUUUUUAUCAUUUAAAUUCUUAUUUACACAUUUUUUAGCAAAAAUGAUUUCAAAUCAAACCAAAGUCUUUGCCCUCGAAAUCUGACUUGCUAUAACACCCACCAAAACCUCUCUCCCGGUUAAGUGACAUGAAAAACAAAUAAAAAAUGUUUUUAAAAUUUUGCUUAUGAUGCCAUAAUGACGACGCUGGCUAAACUUUCUGCUAAAUGCUAACGGUCAACACUAACAGAAAAAAGUUCAGGAGAAGAAUGAAAUAUUGAAUAAAAUAGGACACAAAUAAUUUUUUUUUAUAGUUCGACUGUUCGAGUGUUGUAGUUAUAUUAGCCUUAUUUAUUCAUGUUGGUGAGUGAUAAUUUGGUUUGUCAUUUUUUUGAGUUAGUUUUUUGUUACUGUCUCAACCGAUGCCCUGUCUGCUUGAGACAUCGAGAAAGCAUUGAACAUUUAUUCUUCAGAUGCCCCCUAGCCACCAGAUUGUGGACUUUAGUGGGAUUGAGCAACUUUAUUGAGACCGCCCAGACUGUUAGCUUUAGUCUAUGGUGGCGACAUGUCAUGGUCUCCGAGACCUCCCCAUUCCACAUUAUCAAAUACGUUUGUUUAUUUUGGAGAAUCUGGAAGUCUAGAAAUAAAGUGACCUUCGAAUUUUUCCAACCUCAUGUCUGUUCCCUAGCCAGACAGUUCUACAACCAGGUCCUCGAAUUUUCCAAUCUUCUCCUUCCUCCUCCGCCCCGCAGCUCUCUUAUCCCAAAUCAUCCUGCCACCACUUGAGUCCCUCCACCAGAAGACUUUUUGAAGAUCAACGUCUACGCAGCUGUUUGUGCCACCGGUUGUUCGUCUGGCUUGUUAUUCGUGGGUCAGACGGGCAUGUGGUGCUGGCGCUCGGACUGCAGCAUCAAGGAAUAGUCAAUCCUUAUCUGGCAGAGCUUCUAGCUUUUAGAGACGCUAUCUCCAUCGUAGCCUCAAGAUCCUUGGCCCACUUGAUAGUCGAAGGUGAUUCUGAAGUGGUGGUCAACCAAAUCCGUCAAGGCGCCAUUGAAGACUCGAUUGGAGGUGCAGCAUCAAGGAAUAGUCAAUCCUUAUCUGGCAGAGCUUCUAGCUUUUAGAGACGCUAUCUCCAUCGUAGCCUCAAGAUCCUUGACCCACUUGAUAGUCGAAGGUGAUUUUGAAGUGGUGGUCAACCAAAUCCGUCAAGGCGCCAUUGAAGACUCGAUUGGAGGUCCGGUGCUACGAUAGUGUCUUCAGAUCCCUAGCUCUUUAUCUGUUUGUAUAGAGUUUAGGGCGGUACCUAGAUCCGCCAACAGUUCUGCCCAUAGAGUGGCGCGUAAAGCACUGCUUUUGUCUCGUGUAGAACUAGAAUCUUUUAAUUUUUUGGGUGACUUUUUUAGAUUCUGUUAAGGGUCCUGGAGAGAAUUGUAAGUUUAACUAUUUUCUUCCAUUGAUAUCACUCAGAAAUAAUAAUAAAAAAAAGAAUAAUUA